UGUGUUCUACGCAUGAAAAAUAUAUGGAAAAUUAAUUACUGUUCUUAAAAAAAGUGUAAAAUACAUAACGAAAUAUUAAAAACAAAUCAAGUAUUCGAGGAUUUAUAGAAUACAGCACUGAUUGUGUUGCCUACUAGUUUUUAAUAGCGUAAAUGCAGUUUUUUUUUCGCUAGCGAAAAAACUAUUGAAGUGUUGAACCAGGUGUCACUAAUUGUCAAGUUUCGCUUGUAAAACAUAAUUUUAAUAAGGGCUGAAUAGACUUCAACAUCUAGUGAAAAAAAAAAAUAAACGGAGGGCACAUACGAAAUUCUGCGAGUCAUCCACUGAAAGGCAGGAAAGCAGCCGAAACAUUUACGCGUAAUCUCUGUAUUCUUUCGAAGUUCGAAUGCACAAAGCUGCCUAACUUCGAAAACAACCCUACGGCAUACAAUCAAAAACAAAAACAAAAAACACACAACCAACACCCCUGCUGCUGCAAUUGUAGAUAUUUUGUGAGUGUUCCAACACGCCGUCAGUGCCAAGGAACGCAUCUCGCAUCUUUUACCGCUGUAGACAACACCUUGCCGCACCCUAUCGCCCACACGCCUAGGAAGGAGCAGCAGCUUGAGCCACAGCCGCAGCAGCGCUAUCGACAACAACUAAUAUUAAAUUUUUCUGCUCAGUGUAACAGUGUACUCUGUGCUUUUAGUUCCGCAGUCGCCGAGCAAAGUAUCGCAACAAAGCAAGGAAUAUGGCGGAACCAGCACCAGCAGCCGAUGCUCCACCAGCCGAUAACGCCGCUGGCGGUGAGGGCGGUGAUGGUGAGAUUGUCGGUGGACCGCGCAAUCCUCAACAGAUUGCUGCACAAAAGCGGUUACAACAGACGCAGGCACAAGUCGAUGAGGUCGUCGAUAUAAUGCGAACAAAUGUGGAGAAGGUGCUUGAGAGAGAUCAAAAGCUAUCGGAAUUGGAUGAUCGAGCUGAUGCCUUACAGCAGGGUGCUUCGCAAUUUGAGCAACAAGCUGGUAAACUAAAACGAAAAUUUUGGUUGCAAAAUUUGAAGAUGAUGAUUAUUAUGGGCAUUAUUGGACUAGUCGUUGUGGCCAUUAUUGCAAAAGCAUGGGUAGUACCAGCCGUUUCUGCGGUAGAUGAAACAGUUUCUGCACCAUCACAACCCGAAUACGUGCAUACCGAUCACAAUAAUAAUAACAUGAACAACUAUGCUAUUGACAAACACACAAAAUCAUCUAAAACACACAAAAAGCACGAACCCGAACAUUCACGUACAUCCACAGCAUCUGAAAACGAAAAGGAACAUGAAAAUCAAUCUGAUAACGAAUCUGAAAAUCACUCAUCGAAACACAUGCACAAGCACGCACAUGAAAACGAAUCUGAAACGGAAAUCGAGCACGAGCGCGAGCACGAGCGCGAGCACGACCAUGAAUCUGUACACGACAACGCCGCACCCGAACACACCAUUCAAAGAACACCCACGCACGAAGAGGAAGAGGGUAAUCCUCCGGAUGCAGAUGCUGUACACGAAUAAAUAUUCGCACAACAAAAUUCAAAAUUUUCAUAAAACGUAAAAAUUACAAAGCAAACAAAAACGAAUCAAAAUUUUAUAGCAAAUUUCUACAUUCGCAGUUGAUUGAGCUUUCUUUCUAAAAAUUUAUAAACUAGGAUUAAUAGGCGGCGAAACACAGCCACAAUAUCCACAGUAUCCACAAUAUAUGCCACCACCACCGCCACCACCACAG